UGUGUGGGAGCGCGCAGAGCCCAUUCAGCCGCUAAAGCUCCGCAGACAAACAGAGGUCCUCCUCCAUCCCGGGACCUGCUGGUUCUGAGGGUCGGCCCACUUUGACCCGCAUUCUCAGAGAACCCGGACUUGUCCUCUCACCUGCAUCCUUCUCAGAAGGGGAUUACUUCAGCAUUUUUUUCUAUCCAGACUCGGAGCAGCUGCGCGUAAAAAUGGAAAAGAAUGAAGGAAAUUCGGAGAAAUCUCAUCUGAUCCAUGAGAAGAAUUCAAAGAUGUAUUCUUUGAAACUGAAAAGCUCAUUCCCCGAAACCAAAGAGCAGUACGCGGACCUGCCGCUCCCAAACGGGAGCAUGUCCGGCGCCAUGGAGCUGAAGCAGCGCGUCAGCGCCCACUGCCACAGAUCCAAACCCCCGCACGGCGAGCAGAGCGGGGACAAGGUGCUGGCCAAGAGGAAGCUCUUCAUCGCCUCAGGAGUCUGCCUCAUCUUUAUGAUCGGAGAGGUCAUAGGAGGAUACCUGGCUCACAGUUUGGCUAUCAUGACCGACGCCGCUCACCUCCUGACAGACUUUGGCAGCAUGAUGGUGAGCCUCUUCUCCCUGUGGAUCUCGUCCAGACCGCCCACCAAAACCAUGAACUUUGGUUGGCACAGAUCAGAGAUCCUGGGAGCCUUCGUCUCCGUCAUGUCCAUCUGGGUGGUCACCGGGGCUCUGGUGUAUUUAGCCAUCGAGAGGAUCGUCCAGAACGACUACGAGAUCGAGGGUCACGUGAUGCUGGCCACCUCCGGCUGUGCCGUCAUCGUGAACAUCAUCAUGGCCUACAUCCUCCAUCACUCCACCACACUCCACCCCCACGGGAGCGGCUACCACCAGAUCGACGAAGACGGCCGGAGCCCCGUCAAUCACGGCCACGCCCACAUGCUGCUUGGUGGCCAUAGCAACACCAGCGUCCGGGCGGCUUUCAUCCACGUGAUCGGGGAUCUUCUGCAGAGCAUUGGCGUCAUGGUGGCCGCCAUCAUCAUCUACGUUCGGCCAGAAUACAAAGUGGCAGAUCCCAUCUGCACCUUCCUGUUCUCCCUCUUUGUGCUCUGCACCACCGUCACCAUCCUCAGGGACGUCUUCCGGAUCCUCAUGGAAGGGUCUCCAAAGGGCAUCGAGUUCAGUUCGGUGAAGGAGGUGCUGCUGUCUGUGAAGGCUGUGAAGUCUAUGCACUGUCUGCACCUCUGGGCUCUGACUCUGGGCCAAUCGCUCGUCUCCGUACACCUGGCCAUAGAGGAAGAGGCGGACCCUCAGGCCAUCCUGCAGGAGGCCACGGAUCUGCUGAUCGCCAAGUUCGGUUUCCACAGCAUCACCAUCCAGGUGGAGCUCUACAGCGAAGACAUGAGCCACUGCUCCCACUGCCAGGACCCCAGCGACUGACACCACCUGACCAGACCGGCCUCUCGGCGCCAGCGUUGACGGCCUUCCUCACUGCAGCUUUCUGAAGGAGCCGAAAAGGGUUUUUCACGUGUUCUUGUGUUUGCACGCCGUGGCGAGAAGCUGUCAUCCCAAUCAUCCAUGUGCUCAUGGUGCUGUUUGGAGGAAUGGCUGAAGCUUUUCCAGAACCUGUUGGUGCAGCAUUUUCUCUUCCCACACAAACAGUUUUUGUGUUUACUUAGACAGAAGUACGUGCAUUUAGAUGUAAUCAAGUAACCAGAUUACAAUCAUCUCUGUAGAUUACUCUGGUUUAGACUCGUCUUCAGGAAGACCGGCUUCCUCUGAAGCACAACUCAGUUUCUGCGCUCAGCUUUCAGGAGAGAGGAGCAGCGGGACCAAAGGGGGGAUUGGAGGUGUAGAAACCGGAAAACUGUGACUCAAAGGGGAGAUUUUAGAAAAAUGCUGCCCUUCAGAUAAUAACGGAAAAGCUGCAGCUGCUGGCAGAGGACCAGCAAAAGAACGGAACCAGCGGUGAGCUGCGUUCAUCCUGCGUUCAUCCUCAUUUGAUGCUUUGGCUGUUUGCAGGAGAGGAACACACUCCGAGCUCCUCCAUUACCUGAGGGAGGUGCAUUAGCCUAAACCCGACUCCGUCCGUUUCCACAUGAAGGAAUUCCUCUGUUUUCCAUGGCAAAGUGUAAAGCGUAAUGUUGGUGUUCUCUAGCUCAUCUCAGCUUCCCCGCGGGAUUCCUGAUCUUCAGAAAACCUUCAGUUGCACCGAAGGUCAGAAAUCCUGAGCGAGCAGGAACCCUCGCUGACCUUCUCCACUCCAGUUCAAACGUUUCUCAUAAAAGAAAACCACAACCAUGAAAACUCACUGAAGAUUUAGACUGAGGGCCGUGCAGCGGUGUGAGAAUGUACUUUUGUUUGCAAAGAUAAUCAGAGUCAAUCCUUUUUGGAUCACAGAAUGAGAGAAAAAGCUGCUGAGGAGGUCACAACCAGGCAGAAGACGCUGGAAAGCAGGUCAGAGGUCAGAGGUCAGGAUCCAGCGGCCAAAAACAGAAUUCUGGGUAAAAAGUUUGCAUUCAUCGGAAAGUUCAAGCUGCUGCUGGGAACACAGAGAAACAUCUGGAUGAUCCACUAAAAGAGACGCAUGGUGGCGGCAGUGUCAUGAUGGGGGCCGAUGAACUCGUUGACUUGCUGUACGUCCUGAAUACAAAACUUCUGUUGAAUCUUAUCAGAAACUCCUGAUGGAUCUUCCAUCCGUUUAUAAGCUCAGCCUCAAGAGCACUUUGGUUCUGGAUGAAAAAGAAAACGUAGAAAAACUGAAAAGUGUUUAGUUAAACUUGACUAAGAUGCAGUUUUCUGACAUAAACCGACACGAAACCUAAAAACAAAGAAGAGAAACAAAACUUCUCCAGACGUGACAACAAAAUCAGGAUGUGGGCAAAAACUUUCCUAUGACUGAGUUUUAGGGCCACCAAAACACACAAAAAAGUAAAAUUACAAGAUUUAUAGACGUAAAUGUACGACAAAAAACCCACAUAAAUUUACAAGAUGGUUUCUCAGAAAUGUACGUCUUAAACUCUUGUAAUUUAACAGUU